AUGGCGCUGAUCUGCGCAUGCGCGCAGCGUAGACUUACAUCAGAGACAUCUUUCUGCCUGGUAAAUCCUUACCGACCCGGUAAAGGCUUCCGAAACUACAGCAUCGUUGACGCCAUUUUGUGGUGGUGUUUGAGAAUACGAAGAUGUUGUUUGUUUCGAUAUUUUGUGAGAACUGAGGAUUUGUACCGCGAUCUUCUUGUACCUGAGAAAAUGACGCAGUUUCUACCGCCAAAUUUGUUGGCCCUUUUCGCUCCGCGUGAUCCUAUACCGUAUUUACCUCCGGUUAGCAAGCUCCCGCACGAGAAGAAAAAUGGAGGCUACAUCGGUGUUGGAGGUUUUCUUAAAUAUUUUGAGGAACCGAAAGACACACCGCCACCAGUACGCGUGGAAACGAGAGAGGAACGCCUUGAACGCAGAAGAAGAGAACGCGCCGAGCAAGUGGCGUAUAAAUUGGAGCAAGAAAUUGCAGUAUGGGAUCCAGCUGGUAUCCCAAAUGUAACAGCGGAUCCCUUUAAAACCCUUUUUGUAGCUCGAAUAAUAGUGGUAAUUCAUAAUACAAUAAAUGGCAAACCUAGGGGAUAUGCUUUCAUUGAGUAUGAGCACGAACGAGACAUGCACUGUAAGUAAAACGCACGAAAAGUAAACCCCUUCUUGAGAACCUCAGUGAGUCCAUAGUCUGGAAUUUCACCGUUACUUAGCGUCACUUCCAGCUAGUUAUAGUGGGGCAGGGCUAUAGUUAGGCUACCCAUUUUCAUUGGUACUAAACCAGACGGUAUGGGGGGUCCCGCCAUACAUCCAUGCAGGAUUACCAUUCUGUAAAUGCAUAUAUGGUAAACGAUCAACUGAAAAGAAAAAUAUUGGCUGUCUUGAUUAAUGCAGUUUUUAUCUUGUUCUUGGUACAGCGUGGUGGCCGCUGCCGGCAACUAGUGCCGUUCACUAUUCCAUGCAAAAUCCCUGAACCUGCCUGAUAUGAUAGGUUUGUAUGUGUGGUAAGAUCCAACAUACAACAACGUUUGUUAGCGUCUAUGCUUACCCUAUUUAUCUUGUCUGAUUUUGUUGUAUUUGCGGUUCGAGUGUUAACCCCUUUACCGGGGGUUGCUGAUAGACAUACUUUUAAAAACUUUGGGAAUCAGGACUCUGUUCCAUGCAUAUAUUUUGGGCUGAUAUUCUUUUAUUUUUAACUACACGGUUUUGCAAAAAGUUAGCAUUCUACAUUGAAAUUGAUUGGUGGGCUUUUAGGAAAAAGGUUCAGGGACACGCUCUGCAAGCAGUUAGAUUUUGCGUCUGUACAUAAAGGUAGAUUACAAACGUCACAAUCAGACUAUUUAUAUAUAUUAUAUCAAUGUUAUAUAUAAUAUAUAUAAUAUGUACAUAUAUACAUAUACAUAUACCUAUAAAUAGGUAACGUUUGAAUUUCCUCGAGCAAAAUUUAACCGCAUUUUCUCUCAAUGCUACAUUAACAAUCAUGCAUCAUUGGGUAAUAUGAUACACUUCAUCGUGCCUUGGUUGUAGCACCUACUUUUUUUUUUUUUUUUUU